GAGGUUAGUAGUUAAAGAGAGAGGUUGUGCCGCCGCGUCGCUCGUGCCCUGAAGCUUUAUAACACAUUCCUUCAGCACACUUGGAUUAAAUUUUUUGGUGUUCGCGGAUUUUAUCAAGUGCGUGCGUGUGUUCGUUCGUGUGUGUGUUAUUAUCGCUGCUUUCUCAGUAAACGAUGAACGCAGACGCAGCAUCAGUGAACGGAGGAGCACGGUCGUGAGAUGAGCGUGGUAGUGUCAUCGGCUGGCGUGGGGGUGGGGGGAGGAGGGAGGAUGGCAGGCACCGGAGGAGGCACGCCCUGCAAGACUAACAUAACCACACAUACACCGCAGCAGGAGGGGGAGGAGGAGGAGGAAAGUGGAGGCGGAGGAGGAGGAGGAGGCUGUGGUGAUGACAUAGAUGGGUGGCGACAAGCCGUGCGAGCGAAGGUCACAACAUUGAAGUGUCACGUGAUGGCCUCCUGCGGGUUGACCUCUGAUGGGCAUAUCGUGGCGCCCUACUCCCCCAGGCUGCUUCUCGAUUCCCCCAACUCCCGGCUGCUACUCGACGCCGCCAGCCUCGACCUUGACGCCUAUGUGGAAGCCUUGCACAGAGCUGACGGACUGCUGGCGAAGAACGGGCCUAGUGGCGGUAGCGGUGACGGUGGUACUAACGGUGAUGGUAACAAUGCUGGCGGUGGUGGUGGUGAUGAUGUGUCUUUAGGGGAUGUGCAGCUUCGUUUACAGCAAGAGGGACUCACCAACGGCCACACCUCACCCUCGGCCACCUCACCCGCUAAGUCCACACCCAACGGCUCCGCCACACCCAAGUCUCCACCCCCGUCACCCGCCCCAUCACCCACACCAACGUUCGCUAAGGUGGUGGAGGUCAACGGGCAUACGCUGAACGGCCACCACCCUCACCACCACUCCUCCAGGGAUGCGGUGAACGGCUCCCCAUCACCCCCACCGCCAGGAGAGGAGGGUGGUGUUGACGGGGAGGGGGUGAGGCUGGAGCUGGCGAAGGUGAAGAGGCAGCUAAAGGAUAAGGAGGCGGAGGUCUUGAGGCUGGGGAGGAUCAGGGACGAGGUGGAGAAUGAACUGCAGGAACUCACCGCUAAUUUGUUCCAGGAGGCGCACAGCAUGGUGAACAGCGCCAACCAACGGGCAGCCAACGCCGAGAGGUCGCUGCGAGAGGCGGAGAUGCAGGUGGAGGUGCUGCAGGCGGAGGUGACGGCCCUCAAGGCGCUGGUCAUCACCUCCACCCCCGCGGCGCCCAAUCCGCACCUACACCCGCAGCUCAUCUCCAAGAGCGUCGCGGAGACCGGCAAGAAAAUAUUCCAGCGAGGUCACCGCAAGUCCCCCUCUGACUUUGACCUCAAGUAUGGGCGGGACACCACGCCGCCCAGCUCGCCCCUCAAGGAGAGCCGGAUAAACGACGCUGCGGCCCUUGCACAGUUCCCCCUUGACCCGGAGUGUUGGGAGGUUGACCCGGUGGUACACAAGGAGUUUAUCGUGUGGAAGCAAAACCCGACCCUGGAGCGCUCCAACCCCUUCAUGCAGCGGAUAUACGAGGAGGACAUUGAUCUCUGCCUCGCCUUCCCGAACUCCACGCUGGCCCACCGCGUCCAGCGAGCCAUCGAGGACAACUCCGUCUUCAUCGAGGAGGUCAAUCCCAGGCAGAAGAGCAGCUGUCCCCGAGUUGACCCUGAUGAAACCAGGAAGUGUGUACUGCUGGAUGUCCCGCGGUUCUGCAAGUAUCGCUUCCGCCUCAGUGAAUCAGACGAUACCUGGUACUACAUCUCCCAGCUGGCCAGGAACAGGAUUAUUGCCAUUUGUGACUUCCUCAACUACCUAAGAUACAUCAAGCUGGGUCUAGUCAAAAGUUCAGUUCACGACGUGUACUGGGAGAUUGUGAAGCUGCGCCGCCAAAUGGCUCUGGCUCGCCUGGGGUUCUGAGGGAGGCCACAAGUCUGCUGCCGAGAGUCACUGUGGGUUUCGUGAUGACUGAAGUGAUGUGGCAAGGUAUGAAUCGCUGAACUCCUCAAAGGACAGAUGUAAGUUGGAGGAGGUGCAGUGAAGAUUCUGUGUGGAAUGAGAUGAUAUUCAGAUACUACAAGAGAACAAACGAGUGGUGGCAUAUAUUUAUACAGAAAAUUAUCUGAGCUAACUUUACGCAUUUAUGUGGAGAUUAAGAUGAAGUAACUACUGCUGAUGGAUGCAGAAAUCAUGUUGGGAAGCUUGUAAGAUGAGGACAAGAGUGAUGAUCUUAAAUUCUGAAAAAAUAAAGAAGUUAGUCACUGAUCAACCUUUGUGAUAACCAAGACAAUGAGAGUACCGAAGAGUGCACAUGACAAAGAAUAGUUUAAAGACUGGUUCACCUCACUCUAGUACCUAUCGUGCUUCAUGUCAGUGGAAUAGCGUGUGUAAGGUGCUUUGGCCUCUCUUGCCAUACUCAGAGAUUUCUAUAUACAAUAUUCUUGUAACAUUUUGUCAGGUAGACAAGGAAGCAACCCAGAAAAUGUGUCCUGAAAUUGGUAUAACCGUGUUGUCAGCUGACUGUCCUUCACAGUUAACCUGUUUUGUUAAAAUGUAUUUUACUAUUAUCAGCCCAUAAAGUUUUUAGCUGUACAUAACUGCAGUGAGCCAACAUAAGCAUGGCUAUGAGGUUAUGUUCAGAAAACUGUCUCUCAUACCUCUGGGGCCACAAGGUCAAGGUCACAAGCUCAAGGUGAGAGUCAGACGCUGAACGUUGACUCUGUAACUCGGCAAGAAUCUCCAUUGAGAUUACAAUUGAAAACGUUCCCUAUGAAAGAGCUUUAUGCUUUUUUAUUAUAAUUUUAAGGUCUUCUCAUCCUUUUUUGGAUGAUUUUUAUUAUGACUGGUGCAGUUUUGAGGAUUGCAUUGCCAUGCAUUUCAUGACUGUCUACAUUUAAUGAUCAAUGUCCUCUUAUUUGACCUCAGUGGAUUGAAGGUCAGAGUUUUAGUCACUGAGAGAGUGAGUGAAGCAGGUCAUAGCAUGCUGUCUAUCAUCUGAAAGUCUGAUCUGUUUCCUCACACUUAUGGCAUGCUUGUGAACAGCAUGAGCCACACAAGAAGAGCCACACCUUGAAACUGUCCACCCACACCACCACACACUGGGAAUGACCAGCAGCACCCCAUUCCCAUCAAGACAGUCUUUAUUCACUAUGGAGCCAUAUAUAUAUAUAUAUAUAUAUAUAUAUAUAUAUAUAUAUAUAUAUAUAUAUAUAUAUAUAUAUAUAUAUAUAUAUAUAUAUAUAUAUAUAUAUAUCAGGUAGUUUAUCAUUGCCCCAAAUAGUGUAUAUUUUACAGUUAUUGAUCCAUAAGGUCAUUUUUUCUGGUGUGAAGCAGAGCAGGAUGUUUGGGUGGUGUGGGUUUCACUUACAAUUGUCAGACACUCCAGCCCACUGGGAAAGGUGAAGGAUUAGCAAAUUUUAAAAUGAUCAUAAUAACAUUCACUCCAACCUUAAGUAAGUUAUUUAUCCCGGCUCUUCAAUAUACAUUUUCCUGUAACAGAACAUUGCUUUACAAGACUUUGCCAGCUGUACCUUGUAAUCAAUAGAGUAUUGCAUGACUCUUGCUGUGACUACUUGACAUCAAUGCUGGCAAUGAGCAGGUACCUUUUCAACUCAGGAAGCACUCGAUGUCUUUUGAUGCACCUGUUUGUCGGGUCCCUUGAGGUCAGGUGACAGGAGGAGAUGCUCAUAGAGUCGCACCAGCAUCCUGCAAAUGGUACAUGUGCUGCAGAUAAGGGAAGAACAGUGCAAGUUGAAAGUUUCAACUAAUGUCUGUAUAUUCUAGUUGUCAGAGAUCAUUUAUAAAUCCAGUCCAUGAUGACUCACUGUUUAAAUUGAUAUUGUACAGGGCAACUUUAUUUAUUUGUUAGGUGUUUUACCUUAAAUACAAGCUGUAGUAUUACUCAUUUGCUUAUGAGAUGAAGGGGGACUUAUGAGGCGGAUAAUAUAUUUCUAAAACUAGGAAGAAGAGGAUAAAUAUACGUAUGUAGCAAAAAAGGCAGGAUAUAGUUUGAUUUUAGUUUCUUGAGGAAAAUAUAAUGUUUUGUUUCUUGCACUUACUUGGAGGCAUUCCUUGGGGGAAGAAUAAAGGGAAAGAGUUUGCCCUAGUUUGGUACCAUUACUGCAGCCAGACAGACAAAAUAUAGAUCUGAGUGUGAGUAGAGGAGGAGGAGGAGGAGGUGAUUCUUAUGUGAUGAAGUGCAGUUUGAUUUCAAGAAAUUGCAUUCUGGGUGUUACUCCUGUGAUAAAUAGUUUCCCCUUUACUGUGUUAAGGUGACAAUGUACCACACCUCCAAAACUGAUACUGUACUGAAGAUCUUGAGAGUGUGAGUGACUGUACAUAAAUCCGUAUUUGACCCACGACAACAGCAGCACGUAGCAAGGGAAGUUUGGAUGAUGCAAAGAAGUGUGUUGUAUAAUCUUUUUUGGAGCAUCAUUGUGACAACAGGCUUGUUUUGUAUCUUCUCCUCUUCCCUUGAGCUGCCUUUUACUCUAAAGAACAUUCAAAUGCUUUUUAUAUGAACAACGAAAAUGCAUUUUUAAGAUGAAAUUCAGAUUAUGGAAUUAGUUUGUAUCAAGAUAAAGCAUAUAUGAACCAAAAAUGUGUUUGGAAUUGAUGCAAAUUGAAUGCCAUUUGAAAAUCCAAGACAUUAUUAAAAAGAGGUACAAAUAUUAGUGAAUUGUGAUAAAAAACGAAGCAACUCAACAUCAAAGAGAUGGUUUACUUAGAUUACUGUUGUUGUUGUUGUUGUUCUACAUCUCAUUGUUGUCCAGGAGGGCCUUGGUCAGGGCCUCGGCGGGACAAGCAGUGGAGCGCUGUGACUGUACAGUUUAUCAGUGACCGUGUGUGUACGUAUAUGUGUUAAGGUGUAAACAUUAUAUAGAAGGUGUAUAUUGAUAUAUCAAUAUUUGUAUAGUAGUUUUUUAUAUCUGUGUAGACUCUGGAAGGAAUUAUAUACAUCAUUGAUUUAAUUAUUUAAAGAAAAAGAAAAGAGAAGCAGCACAGUCUCACUGAUCAGAAAGUUUAUGCUAAUAGUCGGUCAUUGUCAAUACAUGAACUUGGUAGUCAGUACUUAUUCAAGACUGACUCUGAUCUCUUAAUUAGUCAAUGAAUACUAACGCCACAUUGCGGUACUGUUUUCCUCCUAGUGAAGUUACCUGUUUUCUUGUGGAUGUCUGUUAUAUCAUUCUAGAAAACAUUAGCAUACCAUUAUGAUGAUGGGGAAUAUAUAUUUUUUUAUCAGAAGAGGAGUGUGGCAGCUUGGGAUUCACACACGGAAGAAAGGCAAAACUAACCUUUCAGUGCUGCUCCUCCAAGGCUAAAGUGUAUCAUAUGUAUCAAAACUAUACUGUGCCAAAGGCUUCUAUCAUCAUCUUAUUAUGUUAUUUUUUGAUAGAAGAAUGUACCAGUCCCCAAACAGACAGAUAACACACCAUUCAUUCAGUUGCCUUCCACUAGUGUUGCAUUUGAAUGAUAAUAGAACGAGGAGGACAUGAGACCCUGUUGGUGGGAAGUCAGCAUCCAAGUGGUCAUCCAGUGUAGAUUUAAUGAAUGGUGUUGAGGAUUUUUUGGUUCUGUGAGAGUAAAACCUUUUUUCCUUAUUGUAUGUUUUUUCCCUUGAGCUACAUCUAAUACUGUAAUAAAAAAAUGAAAAUAAACACAAAAUACAAAGAAAAAACCACAGGCACAAGUAACAUUAUGACAAGAGGUGAAGGAAGACAGUUCUGUAAGACUAACAACAGACAGAAAAUCCAGAAAAUCAGCCGCUUUGUACCCUUGACUAAAUGCUUCCUCUCCCUCAGUGUGUGUCAAGUAGCUAACACCUAUAUGCUCCUACUCGUCAAAAACUCGCAUUCUAAGCCAGUGUAAUGUAUGGUAAGGCAGCCAGUACCGUUUACAUUACUCUUACGUUGUUUCCUUGUGACACCUCAGGAACCAAACACGACUUGCGAUCAGAGAGACUGUGCUGCUGUUUUCCAUUUGUCUUGUUCUCUGUCAUGACCAAAAGAAAGGUAUAUAUUCAGGUCUUUGGCCAGCGAGGAGGCAUGGCUGUGGGCGACCUGUAUUCUGUCUGGACCUAAAUUCUUUCGGGACCUGUUCUGCCUGGACCCAAAUCUUUUGGGACCUGUUCUGCCUGGAUCUGAAUCUUUUGGGACCUGUUCUGCCUGGACCUAAAUCUUUCGGGACCUGUGCUGUCUGGAUCUGAAUCUUUUGGGACCUGUUCUGCCUGGACCUAAAUCUUUCGGGACCUGUGCUGUCUGGAUCUGAAUCUUUCGGGACCUGUUCUGCCUGGACCUAAAUCUUUCGGGACCUGUUCUGCCUGGACCUAAAUCUUUUGGGACCUGUGCUGUCUGGACCUAAAUCUUUUGGGACCUGUUCUGCCUGGACCUAAAUCUUUUGGGAUCUGUUCUGCCUGGACCUAAAUCUUUUGGGACCUGCUCUGCCUGGACCUAAAUCUUUUGGGACCUGUUCUGCCUGGACCUAAAUCUUUCGGGACCUGUGCUGUCUGGAUCUGAAUCUUUUGGGACCUGCUCUGCCUGGACCUAAAUCUUUCGGGACCUGUUCUGUCUGGACCUAAGCUUGUCUGGGCUAGUCUUCUAUCCAGACCCGUGACCUGUGUCGUGAGGGUGUGAAUAAGAGAUGGACUCGACUCUGUUUUAUAUCAUUGUCCCGCUGCGUCAGUGCGGAUAUGCUGAGAUGUUUACCAUAACUGUAUGUGUCUAUAUAUUUACUAAAGCUCUCUCUAAAUAAAUAUGAA